GUUUUAUCAAUAAUACGAUUUACCACAACACGAGUAGCAGUUCCGGUCUUGAAAGAAAAAACAGUUUUUCGAAUUUUCUGUGAUAUAUACCCAUUUCUACAAUUAAAAUGGGAGUUAAAACAAAACUAGAUCCUACCACUGAGAAGUUAAAGCCAGUGCUAGUGGAUGAAAAAGAUGUUGACGAAGUAACUUAUGAUUUGAAUUCUUAUGAUGUUGAGAAAUGCAUUGGUGAGAGUUCCUCUGUUGGGAGCGACAACACGUCCACAACGUCAAGUGAAGAUGAGAACAAGGAGAGAGGCAACUGGACGGGCAAGCUGGACUUUCUUCUGUCUUGCCUCGGGUAUGCUGUGGGACUGGGAAAUGUUUGGAGGUUCCCUUAUCUUGUCUACAGAAACGGAGGAGGUGCUUUCUUGAUCCCAUAUAUCAUCAUGUUAAUCUUCGCCGGAAUGCCGCUUUUCUUCAUGGAACUUUCCUUUGGACAAUUUGCCAGCUUGGGACCGAUCUCAAUUUGGAGACUCAGUCCAAUCUUUAAAGGUGUUGGUGUGGGCAUGUUGGUUGUUUCCUGUCUGGUUGGAAUCUAUUACAACAUGAUCAUAGCCUGGUCGCUCUACUACAUGUUUGCAUCCUUCACAGCCGUCCUGCCGUGGUCGACAUGCGACAAUUGGUGGAACACUGACGCAUGUUCCAGGAAGAUGCCUGAAGCGGACUGCUUACAGGCAAAUGGAACUUGGGAAAAUGGCACAUGUUUUGGAGAGAAUGGCACUUCUAUUCUCACUAACUUGACUUCCUCUCUCAACCUUACUCUCAGAAUCAACGGAAGUGAAACCAAGUUACCCAGUGACGAAUAUUUCCAUAACUACAUGCUAGAUCUCUCUGAAGGUUUCCACAACAUGGGUGAAGUCAAAUGGCAGUUAGCCUUAUGUCUCCUGUUAGCUUGGAUCAUUGUCUUCUUGUGUCUGGUCCGUGGAGUCAAAUCUUCUGGAAAAGUUGUUUACGUGACUGCUACCUUCCCCUAUCUGGUCUUGAUAAUCCUGCUGGUCCGUGGAGCCACCAUGCCCGGAGCUAUUGAUGGAAUCCUCUUCUAUGUCACACCACAGUGGGAAAGACUACUUAGCGCCAAGGUUUGGGGAGAUGCCGCCGUCCAGAUUUUCUUUUCCUUGUCGCCAUGUUGGGGAGGUCUGAUUACUUUGGCUAGUUACAAUAAGUUCAACAACAACUGCUAUAGAGAUGCUAUGUUCGUCUGUGUUGGAAACUGCCUGACAAGUAUCUUCGCUGGAUUCGUCAUCUUCAGUAUUGUUGGCUUCAUGGCAUAUGACCUGGGUGUGUCCGUCAGUGAGGUUGCCGCGCAAGGUGCCGGGUUAGCCUUCAUCGCCUACCCAGAAGCUGUCACCAAGCUCCCCAUCUCCCCGUUAUGGUCCAUCCUGUUCUUCGUGAUGUUGCUGACCCUCGGAUUGGACACCCAGUUUACGGUUUUGGAGACGGUUACCACAACGAUUAUUGACGAGUUCCCCAAGUACUUGAGGAAAAGGAAAGCUCUUGUCAUGGCUGUUGUCAGCAUUGUUGGAUAUUUAUUUGGACUGUCUUUCUGUACCAGGGGUGGUUUCUACAUGCUCCAACUUAUGGACAGUUAUGCCGCUACCUAUUCUGUCCUGAUGAUUGGUCUUUUCGAGUUGAUCGCCAUUGCCUGGGUGUACGGAGCGGACAGAUUUAUGAACGACAUCAAACUUAUGACCGGAAACCGACCCAGUAUCUGGUGGAAGAUUAUGUGGAAGUUUGUUACGCCUCUGCUUAUGCUGGCUAUAAUGAUCUUCACAUGGGUGGACUUUAAACCUCAGAGCUAUGACGAUUACGUCUACCCACUAUGGGCAACGAUUUUGGGUUGGUUGACAUCCAUGUCAUCAGUCGUUAUGAUCCCCAUCUUUGCCAUUGUUGCAAUUUGCAAGGCUGAAGGAACGUUUUGGAAUAGAAUUAAAUCCACAGCUCAAGCAGGAGAAGACUGGGGACCAGCUCUCCCAGAACAUCGUGCUCAGUACAAGGCUAUGUUACUUGGAGCAAAUACAUCUGACUCUGAUAACAUAAAACAAUCUCAUUCUUCACAAAUUCCAUUAGCAGACUUUUUACCAAAAAACAAGAAUACAUUAAACUGUUGUGACGAUGUGAUCUCAUCAUAUUCUUCAGGAAUUUAUCAAAAGACAACCGAGUCUUUUUCUUAGGCGUGUUGUGAUUAUAGACUGUGAUAACAAACAUUUAAACUAAGGUGCAAUUUCAGGAGAAAGCCAUAGUGAUAUAAACCUAUUAAGGUUACCAAGGAUCAACAGGUCUCAAGAGGAAACAGAAUCUGUCAGAACAACACUAGUAAACUUUUCAAGAAAAAAACUGUAUCUGUCAGAAAAAAGGAAACAGAAUCUGUCAGAACAACAAUAGUAAACUUUUCAAGAAAAAAACUGUAUCUGUCAGAACAAGAGGAAACAGAAUCUGUCAGAACAACAAUAGUAAACUUUUCAAGAAAAAAACUGUAUCUGUCAGAAAAAAAGGAAACAGAAUCUGUCAGAACAACAAUAGUAAUUAAACUUUUCAAAAAAACUGUAUCUGUCAGAACAAGAGGAAACAGAAUCUGUCAGAAUGACGAGUGAACUUUCAAAUUUGAUUUCCUGUCCUCAAAAUUCAUGAGAAUAUUACUGCUCAGAAAAUUUUUUUGUCAUAUUCGAAGAGUAUUGAGGCGAUCACCGCUGCUGAAUGUAUUUCACAAGCAUGUGACAAGACAUCAUAUAUGUGAUUUCAUCACUCGACAUUCAUUAAGAGAUUCAACAAUUUUUAUUGUCGCCAACACAUUUUUACGAUCCAAAAUCAUUUUGUGAUUGAUACGCCGUUUUUGCAGUCAGCUCUUAAGAAUAAAUCAAAUAUCAACAUUUGAGAUCUCAGGACAAACAGGUUAUUUUGUUUUCUACAAUAUCUGUGAUUCAUCAAAACUCAAUGCAUUUUAUAAUCCAUAUCAUUGUAAAUAUGUAAAUACGUUCAUUUUGGUUUUUAGCAAGUUUGACCUGUUUAUAUGCCUAAGGGCCUGUGUUAAUGCCUGAUAUAUAUGGAGGGCACAAAUCAUGCAACAAGCCU